GGCGGAGCGCGGCCAUGGCGCUGCUGCGGGCGCUGCUCUCGCAGGCGCUGGGCCGGCUCUGGGGCUGCCCCGGCCAUAGUCCCGGCCAUGCGACCCCGAGCCGCGCCAUGGAGCACGACAGGGCCAUCGAGGUCUACGACAUUAUCCGGACCAUCCGGGACCCGGAGAAGCCCAACACUCUGGAAGAACUGGAAGUGGUGACAGAAGGUGGUGUGGAGGUGCAGGAGAUAGCAGAGGAGGAGUAUCUGGUCACCAUCAGGUUUACACCAACAGUACCUCAUUGCUCCUUGGCCACUCUCAUCGGCCUUUGUUUAAGAAUAAAACUUCAGAGAUGUUUGCCUUUUAGACACAAGCUGGAAAUCUAUAUAUCUGAGGGCACACAUUCCACCGAAGAGGACAUCAACAAGCAGAUCAACGACAAGGAGCGCGUGGCGGCGGCGAUGGAGAACCCGACGCUGCGGGAGAUCGUGGAGCAGUGUGUCACUGAGCCCGAGUAGGAGCCUGGGCAGCUCCUCACAGCAGCUCUGCCUGCAGAAAAAAGGAUAAUAAUCAAGGCCUUGAGUUCAAUACUUGAGUUCUUUAUACCUUCCACGUGUUUUUUAAAAACAAAUUGUUUAUAAGAUAGAUUUAAAUUAUGAGGAAUCGGUCUCUAAAUGAAGGGUAUAGUGCCGAGAGCUUGGAAUUUCUGGUGUCCAGAGGAAUAUUUUGUGAUUAAAAGCAACACGUCCUCAUUGCCUUCUGAGAGACAUUGUGAUAUAAAUACAGUUUUGCAAGUUAAAUUUCUACAUUGUUUCAGUCACUGCACUGUAAAAAAUAAAACAGAUUCUUGUAAUGAAA